GACGUUUGUCGGUAAAUGAAUUCGAGCUCCGAACGUGUGUAGUUUUGCGGGUAGAUUAUUUUGCAAUUUUCUUCCAAUCGACCUGGAAAAAGUUCAGAUUCCGACGACUCACCGGCAAGCAUACCAUCCGCAAUGGAUACCAGCGGCGAUAGCAUUGAAAAGUUGUACAAAAACUAUGAAAUCUUAACGGAAGCAAAGGAGAAAAUCGGUGAGCAUGAACUGGAGUACCGGGAAAUUCUGGACGCCGUAAAAGGAACGGCCAAGGAAAAGCGACUGGCUUCGCAGUUUAUUGGAAAGUUUUUCAAACAUUUCCCCACCCUUGCUGAAUUGGCCAUCGAUCGGCAGCUGGACCUGUGCGAGGAUGAAGACUCGCAAAUUCGGAAGCAAGCCAUCAAGGAUCUUCCCCAGCUAUGCAAGGAUACCAAGGAGCAUACGCCUAAGAUAGCCGACAUACUGGCUCAGCUUCUAGUGACGGAGGAUGUGACCGAGUUGCAACAGGUUCACCAAUCUUUACUCACCUUGGCCAAGUUUGAUGCCAUUGGAACGUUGACCGGUAUCUUUAGCCAGAUCGUUUCUGGGGACGAGCAGACUCGUUAUCGAAACUUUCAGUUUAUUUUGAACAAACUGAUGAAAUUGGGUUCGGAAAUCGUUACAAAAGAAGUCGAGGAAUUUGUAAUUACCGAAAUUAAAAAGAUUCUUUUGGAUGUAAGCGCCGAUGAGUUCCAUCUGUGUAUGUCUAUUCUCAACCAGACCAAGCUCAGUAAAACGGUAACCGGCCAUUCCGAGCUGGUUGCGAUCGCAAUCGAACAAGCCGACCUGGACGCUGAUCUAGGAGCGCUGGCUUCCGACGAUGAAACCGUAGAACGAUUCAUUCAAUGCUCUAGCGAAGCGAUGCCGUAUUUUUCGUCUCAGGUCGAAUCUACCCCGUUUAUUAAAUUCAUGUGCGACAAGUUGCUUCCACUCAAUGUGUGGAACCUUAUUGGAGCCGGAGAGGAACAGCACACUACUCAGCUGAGAUUGCUGAAAGUAUUCGCCGAAAUGUGCGCUUUCAGUGGAUCGUUGGAGAACGCCUCGGAUAAAGUGGAAUCCAUUUAUAAUGCUCUUCUGGAGUAUAUGCCGCUUCCGCCAGCGGACGCCGACAUGAACGAGACGCCGUCGUUCCAGUUCUCCCACACCGAAUGUCUGCUGUACGCGUUGCACACCCUGGGAAAGCAGACCGCCGAAUAUUUGACAUUCCCCAACGAUGCCGCCAAGCUGAAGGAUUUCCGUUCUCGUUUGCAGUAUCUGGCCCGUGGAACACAAGGAUACAUCAAAAAGCUGCAGGAAGCUGUUAAGGGUAAGACGGCAGAAGAGAUGAAAACGGAGGAGAAUCAGAUCAAGGCCACGGCCCUCAAGACUACAUCCAACAUCAGUACUCUGAUUCGUGAUUUGUUCCACUCGCCGCCAAGUUUCAAAUCUGUCAUCCAGCUAUCGUGGAUUGUUCCGAAAACUAAGGGGCCGGACGCUAAAACACCUUCGAAGAGACAUGCCGCAAUCACAUUCGACGAGAACGGAAAGUCUAGUGAUUCUAGAGGGCCCAAACAGCCGAAGGGUAGUUCUGGCAGCCAGAAAAUGUACACUCCUCCCUCCGGGAAGUAUUCGGCUAAGGUACAAAAUUAUUCGGCCAAGAGUGGAGGUGGCAGCGGAGGAGGCAACAGAGACGGACGUCGCCCUGGUGGAGGCGGUGGAUUCCGCAGGAAUGGCUUCGGUGGAAGAAGCGGAAGUGGUGGAGGCGGAGGUGGACGAAGGAGAUACUAGGAACCUCCACCCACAACACCGCUAAGGAAAGUAUCACUCGAGUGAGAUCUGAAUCGGGAUAACAGAAAGAGUACGAAUUUUUUGUUUGGUUGAUUUCUCCCUUUUUAUUUUUUGCUUCCUUUUUCUGCAACUUUUUUUCGCCCAUAUUUAAGAUAAUUCCUGCGUCAGCAAUACUUUUUCUUUUGUGACGCUAGUAUAUUUACAUCAGAUGAGGCUUAUGUUCAUUUUGCUUAAGAUGCAUCUCACCUAAGUUUUAUGUUAAUAGCUGAUCAUAUUUUUAUUUGAAUUUUACGCGACUAACGUGUAAAUUUGCCAAUAUAAUUAGGCUUUACUCUAAGCAAAAUGACCGUUGGACAGUCUUCCACUUUCCGUACAUCCAGGGAAAAAUUCUAUUCAUUAUUUAUUUCAGGUUCGAAACUUUUAACUAUCCAUUCGAAGGCUACUAUAAUGCUCCCUCAUUAUUCAAAACUUACGCACACAUUCUUGUAAAAUGAAUUCAACUUUUUUUGUAAGCCCAAUCCGAUAAUUAUAACAUUAUUCUUGAAUUUCCAAGCAUUUUCCUACCAACACGAUAUUCGUACUCUUUUUGGAAAAAUAACUCGAAAUUAGAUUACAUCAUUUAAAACCCUAUUGAAAGAAAAAGGACACCGCGGGAAAUCGCCAUCGUGGGAUGCUCCAAAAUGUAAGCUGAUUGCGUAUGAGUUUUUUUUUCAAAGGUAUCAUUCUUCUACAUAUUAUAUAGUUGGUGUCGAAGAUAUCAAAACAUAUUUUUUUCCGUCUAAGCACAUGUGACGAGUUUUAGAAAUUUCAACAAAAAUUACAAAACCCGUCUUCAUUAAGAUGAACACAACCAGUAAAAGUUGCUUCGAAAUGCAAUAAACGAGUGAGUUUAAUCUGGCUGUUUCUUCAGGCAAACACAAAAACCUGUGCAGCUUUUGUCAUGAACUUUGUCAGAAUAUUAAAAAAAAAAGUUAAAUAAUAAUAUGAAACAUCUUCUGUUGGAAAUGUCAAGCAAUUUUCCUAACUUUUCGCUGUUUCACGCUAUUUAUCGGGAAUCACAAACAUUCGAAAGCAUUUUUUCAUCAACCGAACUUAGUAUUAAAUACGAGUGAGAUAAAUAACCUGAGAUGGAGAAUGAUUAAAAGUUGUGAAGCAUCUCCAACAAGGAAUGCCUGCCUAUUUUCGAUUCUGGAUGUUUAUUCAGAGGUUUGGCAUAAAGUUGAGACAAAAAACGAUGAAAAAGUGAGCCGGGGCGUACCGAUACAGUUUAGUGCUUUGAUCGAGAAGUGUUUUUUUUAUUGGCCAGCUAUUCGUUGCGUUGUCGAUAGAUGACCAAAAGCAAUUUAUCCGUACCGAAACAAGUGAAAAAAAAUUCUAUCAAAAAUGUUGCACCACGAUGCAAAACUAAUCUACUGAACACAAACAUUACAUACGAAAAGUUCCCCUUGACAAUUCUAUUACCAAAUACAUUUUUAGUGAGUAGAAAAG